AUGGCUGACGCCGCUCCCCGUGGACGUGGAGGAUUCGGAUCUCGCGGUGACCGCGGUGGUGACCGUGGCCGUGGCCGUGGCCGCCGUGGACGCCGUGGUGGCGCGAAGGAGCAGGAGAAGGAAUGGCAGCCCGUCACCAAGCUCGGCCGUCUCGUCAAGGCUGGCAAGAUCACCAGCAUGGAGCAGAUCUACCUGCACUCCCUGCCCGUCAAGGAGUACCAGAUUGUGGACUUCUUCCUCCCCAAGCUCAAGGAUGAGGUCAUGAAGAUCAAACCCGUCCAGAAGCAGACCCGUGCCGGUCAGCGUACCCGCUUCAAGGCUGUCGUUGUCAUCGGUGACUCCGAGGGCCACAUCGGUCUCGGUAUCAAGACCUCCAAGGAAGUCGCUACCGCCAUCCGUGCCGCCAUCACCAUCGCCAAGCUGAGCGUUCUCCCCGUCCGUCGCGGUUACUGGGGUACCAACCUCGGUGAGCCUCACUCUCUGCCCGUUAAGCAGAGCGCCAAGUGUGGUUCCGUCUCCGUCAGACUUAUCCCCGCUCCCCGCGGUACCGGUCUCGUUGCCUCCCCCGCCGUCAAGCGUCUCCUCCAGCUUGCUGGUGUCCAGGACGCCUACACCUGCUCUUCCGGCUCCACCAAGACCCUCGAGAACACCCUCAAGGCUACUUUCCUUGCCGUCGUCAACACCUACGGCUUCCUCACCCCCAACCUCUGGAAGGAGACUAAGCUCAUCCGCAGCCCUCUUGAGGAGUUCGGUGAUGUCCUGCGCCAGGGCAAGAAGUACUAG